AUGUUUCUUCCUUUUUCUGUCAGCCAUGUUUUUCUUUCAUUUCAGUCACAAUCUCAGCCCAUUUCUUCGCACUCGGGCCAACUCUCUCUCUCUCUCAUAUGUCAGCACUCGGGCCAACUCUCUCUCUCAUGUCAGCACUCGGGCCAACUCUCUCUCAUGUCAGGCCAACUCUCUCUCUCAUGUCAGCUUUUCAGGCCAACAACUCUCUCUCAUGUCAGCACUGGCCAACUCUCUCUCUCAUGUCAGCACUCGGCCAACUCUCUCUCUCUCAUGUCAGCACUCUGGGCCAACUCUCUCUCUCUCAUGUCAGCACUCAGGCCAACUCUCUCUCUCUCAUGUCUCUCUCCAUGUCUCUCUCAUGUCCUUGUCGGCCAACUCUCUCUCUCUCUCUCUCAUGUCAGCACUCGGGCCAACUCUCUCUCUCUCUCUCAUGUCAGCACUGGCCAAACUCUCUCUCUCAUGUCAGCACUCGGGCCAACUCUCUCUCUCUCUCAUGUCAGCACUCGGGCCAACUCUCUCUCUCUCAUGUCAGCACUCGGGCCAACUCUCUCUCUCUCAUGUCAGCACUCGGGCCAACUCUCUUCGCCACUCCAUGUCAUUCUCUCUCCCUCUCUUCGCCACUCAUAUUCUCUCUCUCUCUCUCCUUCUUUCUCACAGCAUCUUCCUUUUUCUCUUGAUCCUUACCAAAUGCCUCCCAUGCCAAAGGUCAACUCCUGCCAUGUCCUUUCUUUCCUCGACUGGCCAAUUUUUUUUCCUUUUGUUGCUUUGUCUUUCAUUACAACUAAAUUCUCACUUUGUCCAAGACACCAUGUCUCUCUAUUUGAUCUCCUUUCCCUUUCAAUAAUUUUUUCCUUCUUCCUGCCUCCAUCAAAUCCAUUUGUAUCUUAUCUUCCUUUUCAUCUUUUUUUCUCAUUUGUGCACACUUAA